CAAAACGUGACUAGGCAGUCAAAGCAUCCUGUUAUGCAACUACUGACCUACUAACAUACAUUUCGAGGCGGAAAGAGAGAGAAGGGAAACUGGAUCAAGUCACCUACAUAACAUGAGGAUUUAAAGUAAAACAGGAGACGGGGAAUCCGUGGUCACACCAAAACGAUAAUCUUAGAACUAGAGCAACACCGACUGCAAGGUACAUUGCGAUUUUAACUCGAGAGACAAAACAGACGAAACGAAAGAAGUGGAUAAAACGGGUGAAUUGAAGCGUGGUUUUGAACACCGUGGAUUUUAAUUCUAAUAACACAAGGCCAUUUACAUGGAUACCAGCUACUGAGCCGCUGCAACCCCAGAGAACAGGAAGCCACAGUAGACCAAGUGACUCGCCUGGAACUACUGGACACAGCUACGGCAGCUCAAGCUCCUUAGAGAGGAACAGAGACCGUACAGAGGCAAAGAGGCUAGAAAUACACUUGCAGAACGCUUACACCAGGGCUUCCUCAAGACAGGUUGACCCAAGAGGGUGAGUUGCUGUGAUCCUUGCUUGCAGGAAGAAUCGGGGGGACUGUCAUCCUGACGCUUCAUCUCAGACACUUAAAUGUGGCUCACUUGUGUGGAGUUCUGCCUGUUCCUGAUCUUCCUAGCCUAUUUAGACACUUGAGUGUCUGAAGAUCCAACUCUAAAACAAGAAGAGCCCCCCCCCCCCCCUAAAAAAAACAAAAACAAAAAAAAAAUCAAUGAGCGAAGCACGAAUACCUUAAGAAUUUUUUGCCGACCCCACCACUUAGAUCAGUAGAAAACAAAGCAGGAAGUUAAACCCCACUCAAGCAGUACCUGUGACCCUUCCCCUCCAUCCCUCCAAUUCUGUUGCAGGAAUUCCCUUUUCAAUGUUAGUGGAGGACCACUGUUUCAUAGUGGCUCCCUUCCAACAGCAAUGGAAAGCCUGAACACACAAGCCCCGACGCCUGGUCUGAGGGCCUUCCCCAGGUACGAUGACAGUCUGCCCUCGCCCCAGGCCAACCCUGCCCGUCCCCCCACCCGCCCACUCAAGCCCAAGCCCGGCAUGAGCUGCCGUCGCAAGCGUGAGUUCAUCUCUGAUGAGAAGAAGGAUGCCUCCUACUGGGAGAAGCGUCGUAAGAACAAUGAAGCAGCCAAGCGCUCACGGGAGAAGCGGCGGCUUAACGACAUGGUGCUGGAGAACCGCGUGAUUGCACUGAAUGACGAGAAUGUGCGGCUGAAGGCAGAGCUGCUGCAGCUGAAGUUGCGCUUCGGGCUCAUCAGCACCGCCUCCUAUGUGGAGAAGAGCCAGCAGAUAGGGGCCGGGAGCAGUACCAGCCCCACCUCCGGCCACUACUUCUCUAGUGGCUACUCCAGCAGCUCCCAGUUGAUGAUGAACUCAGACUCCUCUGAGGCAGAGCAGUCCAGCCAGGUAGAAGGCCACACCCCCCUGGCCAAGUACUCCCCGCGUGGUUCCCUGUCAGAUAUGUCUGAUGGCUCCUCUUGUGACAGCCCUGAGCCGGCUGGCUACAAGGUGAAGUGCGAGGGUGCAGCACUGGACACGAGCAUGCUGGAGAUGGAUGUCGGCAGUGUUGGGGUGGUGCAGACGGUGUGCGGCGUCCGCCACAGCCCCAGCUCUGUCCAUUGUCACGCCCAGGGGGUGGAGCCUGUAGCAGAGUAUCGGCAGCAGCAGCACACCUGCGGGGCUGUCCCAAGCCCUGUUCCACCUCCAGCUAGCCCCCAGAGGGGCGUCAUCCUGUAUCGCUCCAGCAGCAGCUCCUGCCCCGCAGAGCACCAGAGGCCACAGGGUUGGCAGCAGCCAGUGUUGGCACGGCUGGCUGAGUCUGAGAGCUCUGAGACUCUGGUGGAAGUGACGAAGCAGCUGCAGAGGAAGACCUUAGACUCCCCGCCCUAUGGCCAGCCCAGUGGCAGUGGGGAUAUGGGAGAGGGUCAGCUCUAUGGAGGCCACCAUCAGCGGGAUGGCGAUCCACAGAGCCACUGUGGUUACCUGGGCCCAGGAGGGCAGGAGGCUGCAGCGGCCCCAGAUCUGCUGUCCCACAGCUACGAGAAGGGCACGGGCUGCCCCUACCACCCCUACCUCAGCCCCCGGGACGAGGAGCCACCGGUGCUCACCUAUGAGGGUGGCCCUCGGGCCAAGGGCUACUAUCGUGAGCACUUGACUUCAAGCAAGGACACCUCCUCCAGCGAUGGCGACCCCCGCAGUUCUGACAAGGACGCCUCGACAGAUGACGAGUCCCCAUCUUCCUCUUGCUCUGAGAUGGGCGGCUACCCCCAAAACCUGUCCGUCACAUGCCAGGUGGAAUCCCUGCAAGCCCUGCCAGCAUGCACCACCUCCAACUGCCAUGGGCAGGUGGAGUGGAGAGGCACCGCCCUGCCGCACAAGCUGAGGCUCAAACACAGAGCGCUCAGUCAUGGGGGGACAGGGGCCCAGCAUGACAUGCCUCCCGCUGCAGCAUCUACACCCCUUGCCUUGCCCCAGCACCCCUACCUGGCCCUCAUGCACGUCACCCAGCAAGGGGGCAGCGGUGACGGCCACAGGGGGUGGGACAGCUGGACGCCCAUGGGGUUCAGCGAGCAAGGGGAGGAAGGCAGAGAGGAUUUUGGGAGAAAAGACAGCGGUGGUCAGAACGGUCGGAGUAAGAGAAGAGACUGAGGGGAGAGAUGCUGACCCACAGCAGCUGUCACCUUCCAUCUCUCCAGAUACCCUUUAACUACAAAGGCAAUUGUACACCCUGGAGCUAGAGUGCAAGGCUCAUAAAUCCCUAAACGGACUGGACUCCAUGCUCCAGAGUGCACUGUCUCACAGGGUGUAUGGUCAGUGGUCAGUUCUGGUACCCCCUCCAAGAUCAUAGAAGCACUUGAAGAAUGGGCGAGGUCUGUGAAUAAGUGAGAGAAUGGAACUUCCCCUGUCAGUCUGUAUCUUCUGUUUUCCAGCAAAGUGUCAAGCAACAGAAAACUCUAGAAGUGAUUACAGUGGUGAAUUGACACUUUCUAAAGAAGCCGUUACAACUCCUUCCUACUUUUCCUAUAAAGUGUGAAAUCUCAGUUCCCCUGAUCUGCUAUGAUGCUUGACCAUUUUCACACUGACCCAGGAUGUGGCCUAUGCAUGUACCAAAUGCAAGGCAUUUUGGGAGUUUUCCUUCAACCAAAGAAGUAGUGCUCUGAUAGACUUCCAUUCCUCUUCCUCAGUCUAACUUUCUACAGUCUACCAUUCCAUCAAUAAUUUCCUUCUGACACC